GGGUUCCCUUAGAGGCCAGGGCGGUCGCUGACCCUUGGGCCCUUUUGGAGGGAAGGGAGCCCCGAGGAGGAGGAGGAGGAGGCGGCGUUGCCCCUGAGGCUGGAGCAGGAGCUGGGAGGCGGGCGGCCAAGGCCCCAGCCCCGAAGGAAGGAAAAUGUCUCUAUGUCAUUCUGACAAUGGCCAUGUACUGGUGCACAGAAGCUCUGCCAUUGUCUGUGACUGCUCUUCUUCCCAUCAUUCUCUUCCCCUUCCUUGGGAUCCUCCCAGCCAACAAAGUUUGUCCCCAGUACUUUCUAGAUACCAACUUUCUCUUCCUGAGUGGCUUAAUUAUGGCAGCUGCCAUUGAAGAGUGGAAUCUGCAUCGUAGGAUUGCUCUGAGAAUCCUACUGUUGGUAGGAGUUCAGCCAGCCAGGCUCAUUUUGGGAAUGAUGCUGACAACGUCUUUCCUUUCUAUGUGGCUUAGUAACACAGCCUCUACAGCAAUGAUGUUGCCAAUUGCAAUGGCUAUUCUGAAGAGUCUCUUUGGAGAAAAGGAAACAUCCCAGGAGCUCAAGAGGGAGAAAGAGGAAAAUCAAGCAUCUGUACAUCAAAAUAAACUUCAUGUGGUGCCAACUGAGAUGCAGCUUCUAGCAAAUGCUGAUGAGAAAGACCUGGUACAGGAGAAGGAGGUCACAAUUGAAGUUUCCUCAGAUGUAAGAAAGGAGGAAGAAUAUAAAACAAAUGUGUGGAAAGGUUUCCUUAUUUCAAUCCCUUACUCAGCCAGUAUUGGUGGAACAGCAACGCUGACUGGAACUGCCCCAAAUCUCAUCCUUUCAGGACAGCUAAAGAGCUUUUUUCCAGGGUGUGACCUUGUCAAUUUUGGCUCAUGGUUCGUGUUCGCAUUUCCCCUGAUGGUGCUCUUCCUUUUUCUUGGAUGGCUUUGGAUCUCCUUUCUUUAUGGAUGCAUUAGCUUAAGGGGCUGCAGAAAGAAGAAAUCAGAAAUAAGAGCUGAUGCUGAAGCCAGAGCCAAGGCAGUAAUAACAGAGGACUAUCAGAAACUGGGGCCAAUAAAGUUUGCUGAACAGGCAGUAUUUGUUCUUUUCUGCCUGUUUGCCAUCCUACUCUUCUCCAGAGACCCUAAAUUCAUCACAGGCUGGGCAAGUUUAUUCACACCAGGGUUUGUCACAGAUGCUGUAACUGGAGUCACGAUUGUGACAAUACUGUUCUUCUUCCCAUCAAAAAGACCAACACUUAAAUGGUGGUUUGACUUGAAAGCACCAAACACUGAGAAUGAACCCUUGCUAUCUUGGAGAAAAGCCCAAGAAAGUGUUCCCUGGAAUAUAAUCCUGUUGCUUGGAGGAGGUUUUGCCAUGGCGAAAGGAUGUGAGGAAUCUGGCUUGUCCAUUUGGAUUGGAGGUCGCCUUGACCCAUUGGAAAACCUUCCUCCUGCUGUGGCUGUCAUUCUCAUCACAAUCGUCAUUGCAUUGUUCACAGAAUUUGCUAGUAAUACAGCCACCAUCAUCAUCUUCCUACCUGUCCUGGCAGAACUGGCCAUUCGUUUGAAAGUGAAUCCUCUCUACUUAAUGAUACCAGGAACCAUAGGAUGCUCCUUUGCCUUCAUGCUUCCAGUUUCUACCCCACCAAAUUCAAUUGCCUUUGCUUCGGGGCACUUGAUGGUCAAAGAUAUGGCAAGGACAGGUGUGCUUAUGAAUCUGAUGGGAGUCUUACUUCUGAGCCUGGCUAUCAACACUUGGGGGAUGAGUAUCUUUCAGCUAGGCACUUAUCCUGCUUGGGCCAACAUCCAUUCAAACAAUGCAACUACACUUUUGGUAGAUGUGCAGAACAUCACCUUGAACUCAUUAUGAGUAAAUUAUUAACAAAACAACUUUAUUUUGCAGAGAGGGGACAGCUCUCUCAAAAUCUGAGCACUGAAUUAAAUCAAGAAAAAGUACAAAGUAUGCACAGUGAUGCACUGAGCUGUUGCUCACUCAGCCCAGGACUGUUCUUUUAUGUUUGUUUUUAUAAAUAUUGGUGAAUAUUCACUGGAUAAUCAUUUUGUGUCUUGGAAGACUUUCUCCACCUGAGUGCAAAACCACAAUCAAAUCAGGUCUGGGUAGGUGUAGACUUUUGUUUUUCCAGCAUUAAUUGGAGUGUUUGCAGGUCUUCUUUUUUCAUCUCUUCUCUUGUAGAAACAAUGGGAACUGCUUUUCUAUUUUCUCCCUGGAAUCCACCAUAUAAACAUAGAGUAUGUGGCUACAUGAAUAAAGAAGCAUCUCCCCAUCUGAAUGCAGAAGCACAGAGCAAGUGAAACAACAUGUUGCCUUCUAGACCAGAAAACCAUUUAAAACAUUGCAGGUUCUAUAUUCUUCCCACAGGUGUACAAAGCAAAAAACUAAAAAAAGAGGUUUAUUAGCCUAUUUGUUCUGGGUGGUGCUAACUUGCUGCAUCUUUUGCUUUUUAAAGUAGAAACAAGAAACCUUUGACCUUCUAGAUGUUUUGGUCUUAGUCAACAGUCUGUCACUAUUUGCCAUGGUUGAUAAGGCUGAUGGGAUAGCUUCCCCACUUCCUUUAGAAGGAGGAGCCUGGCGCACAGGCUGUGUUAAUAAACCAAAGCAUGCCUUGAAAGAUGACUGAAGCUCCAGAUUCUGAACACUUUUUGGAAACAGGUGGAAGAUGUUUUAUAGUCAGGAGAGAAUAGGAAUGCAGAAAUGAAAGAUAUAAUGAUCAGAUCAAGAAAGCAUUUAUCACUUUCUUGUCCUACUUAAAAUUCACAGGCUACUUUUAAAAAGGAAGAAAAGACUCAGCAGGUAUUAGGCAAUGUAAACCAGUAUAAGGAAGGAUGGGGAUUUGUUUGGAAAAUGCAGCAGCUCAGAAACCAGUUUGGCUGAAAAAUAUAUUUUCAGUGGCUAAAUAGAUAAUUGAUUUCUCAGAUUAUAGUGCCAAAAGUAGAAGUUGCUGAAGACUUGAUGACAUUUUAUUUCAUUUGGCAUUCUUUUUCCUGUAUGUUUUGCCAUGUGAGCAACUAAAUGGGGCAAAAUAUCAACGUAUUAGAUAAUGUCAACACAAUCUUUUUUCCCCCUCACAACUUUUCACAUUUUUCUUUGCUGCUACAGAACUGAUAUGGCUGCAUUUUGAAGGUCUCUCAUUCAUAAAGCCACCAUAAAGUUGAAGCCAACUUGAUGGCAUGUAACAAGAACAAGUGAGAAAAAAAGGAAGACUGGGGAAACCCUUGAGGUUGGCUGUUAGUCAGAAAUUUAGUUUCAGUUAUCAGCGAAAUAAGUUAACAAAUCAUAUUAACCAUGUACCUCUUGAGCAACAUAUAAAAUUUUGAAUGAGGAUUUCAGGAAAUGAUGUUUAGACAAUGGUUGACCAUAGGAGGCAAUGAGGACUCCUAACUUUUUUACAAGUAGCAGCAGCACCUUAUGUGGGAAGAAAAGCCCUCUCAAUUCGGACGCAUCUUUAGCAUACAGAUUUCCAGCCAGUAUAUCAACAGAAAGCUGUACACAGCACUCUCAUAAUGAAUGAAACAGAAAAAUGCCUUCAACACAUUUGUGUUUAAUUGGAGGUAUCCAGUUGUAUUUGGUGGCUACCAUGUCCAUCAGCAUUGCAUCAAUUCUGGUUUUGGUCCAGACUUCAAAAGAGUGAUCCAUGGGGGUGGAUUGUACUCCUAGAAGGUUCUACAUUUUAGACAGCUCCUUUAAAGUUCAGACUAAAAGCCAUAAUAGAUUCACCACCCUACUGUCACCACCCCACUGGCAGUAUGCUCUAAGGUUUCAACAGAAGCCUUUCUCAUCCCUGUAUUAUAUGUUUGUGAAACACUUUUCAAAUCCCAUGACUGCUUAAUGGGGAACUCAGUUCUAUCCUGUAUUGCAUGAUAGUUUAGAAACACAAUUUAGAAAUGUUGACUAGUUUUGAACUUUUCAAAUCUGAUACUGACUUGGAAGCUGGUGGAUAAAGUAUUAAAUAAUAGUUCAACUCCUGCUCACAGCUAACUUACCAAGAAGUGGACACAGAUGGCUCCAGGUUGUCUAUCAUUUACACUGAAAGCAUCUACAUUGUGGAGUUUAUGAAGUGUGAUACCACUUUAACUGCCAUGAAAUCUUGUUUUUGUAGUUUGGUGGGAUAUUUAGAAUUUUCCUAGAGAGUUCUAAUGCUGUUCUUCUGUGGCCCUUUCACACUAUGAAAUUAUAGCACUCUGAUUCUACUUUAACUACCAUGGUUCCAUCCUGUGGGAUCUUGGUGUUUGUAGUUUGACGAGAGCUAUAAAUACUUCUUAAAAUGCAAGUCCCAUAUUCCAGAGGAUACAACUAUGGCAGUUAAAUUGGAAUCGGUGUGCUAUAAUUUUGUAGUGUGAAAGAUUCCUAGGAGAAUGUUCUGGAAUGCUCUAGCAAAGAAUUCUGUGCAUCCCAUGUAAGGAUUCUGUAGGAUGGAACCAUGGCAGUUAACAUAGUAACUGCUAUGAAGAGUGUGGAUAAUAUUCACUGUAAUCCAGACUUGAUAAAAUGAAUGGGAAUCAUGCAGACCCUCAGAUGUUGAUGGACUACAAAUUUCAGCAGUCCUAGCAAGAAUAGCCAAUGUUGAGGAGUGUUCAGAGUGGCAGUCCAAUAGCAUGUGGAAGGCCAUAAGAUUCAUAGCUCUGCUUUAUAACAAGAGUUGAAGUACUGCUCAUGCUUCGCCACUGGCCAUGUUGUCUGAUCACAACUAGAAUUCUGUAUCAUUUGAAGGGCCUCAGGCUCCUCAUCUUGUAUUAUGCCAUGCGUUAUUUUAAUCUACCCUGAAUAUACUUGAUCUUCUCUAAUUUUGAAAGCUAAGCAGAGUUGGGCCUGAUUAGUGCUUGGAUGGGAAAUUGCCAGAUGAUAUCAGGAAUUUCCAGGGAGGGAAAGAAAACCUGUGUGAAAACCUGAAGAAUCACUGCCAAUUAGCAUUGUUAAUAGAGGACUAAAUGCCUCAAUAGUCAAACAGCUUCCUAGUUAUAUAUAUGUCAACAACCAACUUAAAGUUGCCUAUUUAUAAUGAUAGGGAAAGUAUUUGUGAGACUGGGUGUGGAAACUGUCAAUAGAGCUUGGAAAUGGAUUUUUUAAAAACUUUAUUUACCAACCAUCAUAUCCAUGGCAAUGCUGGCUAGGAAGCAGAAUCUGUACAUUAGAGUACAAAAAAGCAACUUUAUUGCCAAUCUCUGAGAAAGAAGUAUGUUGGUGACAUCAAAGUAGGGGCUAAGAGGUAACCUUCACAGCUGGCUUUUCCCAUGUUCAAAAACAUUGGAAGCAUGUGUUUUUAGAGGUCUGGGACAGAAUAUGUUGAGGGAUUCAUUCGACAAGUCCCAUCACUCUUUAAGUGUUACAUUACUCUUCAUUCUGAGUAGUCCAAGCAAGUCACUAUGUCUUAACCAUAAAUAGAAUAAGAAUAAUAUUGAUCUACCUUACAGGGCUAUUGUGAGUAUGAGUGAUAUAAUGAUUAUAAAAAUAUAUAGAGUAUCAGAAAAUGAAAAAUAAUUUCAGACAGUUCCUGGUGCUGACUGGACAUUGGGGGCAGAUGGUACAAACCUUUAUCCCCACAUCUUCAUAAAAAAAAUGUCUGGGCAGGAUCUCCAUCCUUAUAUUAACUAUGAAACCUAUUUUAUAUGUGGGUGUGGGUGAGCGCACAAAUGUACACACAUAUACACACAGAGAGACACAGAAUGCACAGAUAUGCCCACUGUUUGUCAGCCUGAACUACCAUGCAACUUUGUUGUAAAGAUUAUGUAGAGUGAAGGAAUGCUAUAUGCCCCCCUCCCUGUAAGCUCAUUGAAAAGAAACUCAGCAUAUAAAUACAACAAAAUGACUACACAUUUUUUGUUGUUGGGAUUUGGGUGGGAGCAGUUAAUCUUUGAUCUCAUUUUCUAUAAAAUUGAUUAUUGGAUACUUUCAAUGAAAGUGUUUGUAAAUGGACAGUGAUUCUAAUCACCGCUGUAACCAUCUAUGUUGUAUUAUUCAUGUAUAAAUAAGGCAUGGAUUUAGUUCCAUGAAAGAUGAAUGAUGAAUUAUAAACACAUGACUCUGUGAGAAUAGCUGUGGGAGGGGAGGGGGAACAAAAGAAGGAUUCUUUCUGUAGCACAGAAGGUGAAUUCAGUGCCUUUAUAAUCUUCUGUAACCUUGUCUUAUUUGGAAUCUGUUCAUGGAGCAUACCUGG